GGGGCUGCGCAUCGCCGUCCGCUGCUGCUGGGGAGCUGCGGUUGGCGAUGCUGCGUAGUCCCGUGUUCUCUGCCCCCUCGGCUUGGGAAGAACAUACGUGCACACGCGGAGUUGCCCUAUAUAUACAGUCGUAUAUUUAUAUAUAAAUAACUGUAAGAGGGGAAUGCUGAAGUUCAAGGACUGGGGAGCUGUGCACGUAGUGUGUACUCUGUGGCUGUUCCUCAGCUUCCGUUUCCUGCUGCCGUCCAAUAACCCCUGAGCCUCGGGUCUCCAGACAGACCCCGAGCAGCGUGGUGCUUCUGUAGGGCAAAUUCAUGCCUGUAUCACGCCUGGACAGGGUCUCUUGCCUCCUGUGCCCUGCCCGUGUUGGUUAUUUUGUGAAUCAGUGCUACGUCCAAGGGAGCAUGGUGCCUUCCGAGAGGCACCACCACCACGAGAGCUGGGUUGGACAACACAAGUGCAGUGUGGGCGAGCAUCCCUCACCUCCAGUAUCGCCGGCCUCGCAGGACCAUGAGAAGAUGGACCAGGCUGUGUUGGCUCGGCAGUGGCUGCCAGCCAUGUUGUCAGUGUCAUUGUGCUCCAUGGGAACAGACAGAAGGGCUAAGGAGUCCGUGACCUGCACGCAUGGGGCUAAGGACUUGCUUUCCUCAGUCAGCAGCUGUCACGGACUGCCACGGAGCUCCUUUGGAGAGCUGUAUCUUCUCCUUACAGAGAUAUCUGGGGGUUGGAAAAGGGGAAAUGGAAUCUGUCCUGUCUGAAGGUGCCUCAUCUCUACAUGUCUCAGGUCACUGUAUCUAGGAGCCCCGUAAGUCUCCAGAUGCCCUUUGGCUCAUCCCAGCAAGGAACACAGUGAGCCAGAGCUGGCUGUAGAGGAGCUGCUGUGCCAUCCAAGCACCUGCUUCCUGUUGGCAUCACAAGCAUACACCUACACUUAGCAGUGCUGGGCUGAAUCUUGCUCAGCAACGCAAUUCUACUUAUCAGGGUAUGAAAUGUCAAGACACAGCCUCUUCAGCCUGAGGACAAGCUAAAAUAUUCCCUUGUCCUGCUGCUGAAGUGGAGUACAAUGGAGGGAACCAGUUCUCUUCCAAGUGCAAAAUGGAGACCUCGGACCUGUCGCAGGAGCUGACUGCUGGCAGGGUUCCCUGCCUCCUAGAUACUCCGCUUUCCCCUUUCCUCUGCAGUUGGCAGUGCUGCCAGCCUGUGCCGAGCCAGCUGCUGCUUCCAGGGAAGCGGUUCCUGAGCUGGGACUGUGGGGUGUCCUUUGGGCCCAUCUGGGACCCUCUUGAGCAGCAGUGGCCAGUGUCUGCCCAGAGUGCAGGAGGAUAGUGGCAGUUCCCAGAAAUGACAGGGUCCUGCAGCACUCCUGGCGUUGUUCAGUGCUGAGAGCUGCAGGACCCCAGAGGUGUGGGCAACAAAGGGACUCUGGCUAUGUGCUUGGCCAUCAGAGUUCUGGGCAGGGUUAUCCCCUUGAAGGAAAUUUAAGGAUUCCCCAGAUCUUGGUAUCAGCAAGUGCUCAACGGAGCUCAGCUCAGCAGCAGGCUCCUUUCGGGUGCUGCCUCUGCCCUGUGUAUUGUGGACAUUUCAGUUUGAUUCUUGAUGACUUAUGAAAGUCAUCCCACUAUCCUUUCCUGUCCUCCCCUGAGCAGCAGCUGCAGGCGUGGGGAUCCAUCUCCUUUCACCUCAGGGAGAUCUCGGAAGGCCUUGUGUGAGCCCCAGGAGGCAGCCCACAGGAUCCACCUGCCCCUUGCCCUUUCCAAAUGCACUUUACACACACGCACAGAGAAAGGUAGCUUGCAGGCAUGUGGGAGGUUGUGCAGUGGGACAGGAGAAGGUGAGAGGUUGGUUGGGGUCACACAAAGGUGUUGGCCCAGCCAGAGCUGACUCCAUUCUCCCUCCAGCAGAGAUGUUGGGGUGCACAUGCACAGCAGAUCUGCUCACCUGUCCAGUUCAGGUGUGAGUAGUGGGGUAGCUCCCAGUGACAGAGGAACACCCUGCUUGCAGCAGAGCAGGGCAGGCCUUCACCUCAUCCCGCCAGACUGCAGCAAGCAAGCGACUGUGGCAUUUAUGUCACUGUCUGUGCUCCUCUGAGUGACACCAUUCUGGGGCAGAAAGGAUUUCCCUGUCCCCAGCUUUCUCUUCUUCAUGUUCAUUUGCUGCUCUGGGCUUCUGCAAGGCUGGGUGAGAGCUCAAGGAGGUGACCUUAUUCAGCAUCUUCUGUGGGGAAGCCUUGGAGCUGGCUGCAUGCUCCUGUGAGUCCUGUGCAGCCCUGGAGAAGAGCAGGGAUGCUGCAUUUCCUAUCGGGAUUAGGCUCUGCAGCUGGCUCCUCCUCUGGCUCUGCUGUGGUUGUAUCCCGUUAUUGGCACUUGAUCAGCUUUCAGAAACCCCACCGGUGCCACUGAUGUGUAUGUGUUUUACCUCAAAAGCCUAGAACAAAAUGGGAUUGUAAACAGCAUGCAGCAGGGGUUAGUGUGACCCUGUAAAAGCGCUGCAGUGUCUGAAUGCUGCGUAGUCUUAGGAGGAGACUACUGUGUGGACUGGAGCCCUGCUAACACAGUUCCUGGAAGCGAGCCGUGGCUGCAUCAUUCUCCCCAUGCCAUGCCUCGGGUCCCUACCUGCACCGUGCUCUGCCUGGAGCUCUGCAGGGCUCUGGCUGCAUCACCCAUCUGCUGAGCAGGACCGGCAGCCAGCCCUGCACCAGCUGCUGCUGGGGAAAACUUGCAAGGCAGAAGGCAGCUGGGGGAGAGGAAAUCUUCAGCUGCCCCAGUGGUGGCACAGCGCAGGAGAGCUGUGCUGUGUCAGGCUGAGACCCUUGUGACUGCAGUGAAGGCCUGAGCAGGCAGGGCACAGCACAGGCAGCUCUUGCAAGGUGUCCCUGCUUUGUCUCUGUGCUCCCCAUUCUCUUCCUGCAGUUUGCAUCUUUCCCCAUGUGAUGCUGCUGCAGCUGGGGGUUGCACUGGGAAGAGUGUGGGGUGCCUGUUCUCACAGCAGAGCCACCUGCACCUCUCACUGCUGCCUGCAGAGCAGCACGGUCUGCAUGCCUCCCUCAGCUCUGUGUCCCUGCCACCAGCUCCUGUUCUCAGCAGGUUGCCACAAAGCAGGGUCUCAGUGCCACCAAUGGUUGGGACCCCCAGAGGGAGGUGCCAUUGUUCUCUCCCUGGUGCCAGCAUCCCUUUGAUGCAUGGCUGCCUGCUCCACUCAUCACAGACAGGCGGCAGGAAAGGGCAGCACGCUACCUCCAGGAGAGAAACCUCUGCUGGAGAGUUGGGCUGGAGCCAGCCCUGCUGAUCACUGUGGCUGUGGUCCCACACUGGAGGAAAGAUUGGUGUGUAGGGCUCUAGGGGACCAAGGCAAGGGCUGAGAUGCUCUUCAAGGAGAGCAAGGGGGACUUCGUGGAGGAAAGAAGAGGCCCAGAUCUUUUUCCAGGCCUGCCAAUGUUUUGUAACCUCUGGUUCUUCCUAAAAUGUUCUUUUUUGUGCCAAGAGUGAAAGUGACCUCCUCAUUCCUGGCAGUGCGAAUCCACUAAGUUCUUUGGGAUCCUCAAAUGACAGGCUUCUGGCAUCCAGUGGCCUGGAAGCAGGAGGACAGUGCCUGGACUGUGAAGUCGUAGUCUGCAGGGAUUCCACAUUCCCUCAGUCCUGUCCUGGCUCUGCGGUGAUCCUGCUGGCACACCCAGGAACAGAGAAGGGAUGAGGCCAGGCUUGAGGAUCGUUGCCAUGAGUGGUGACAUUACAGCUGGCUUUAGGCCCUGCAAAGGCACAGGUGAGCUCAGGCAAGGGCAGCGUGGCUCUGAUGUCUUUAGGCAUUGACUUCCAGAGGGUAGCUGGGCUCAAGGUGUAAGUAAGGCACGCAGAGGGAAGGGUGCCUGAAGCCAUGCUGCAUGUGGUUGGAGAUGGAGGGCAAAGCUGAAAGCUGCUUAGUGACUUCUGUGGCAUGUGCUGGACAAAGUCUUUUCUAUAAGAAAGGAAAUCACUUAUUUGCAUGUCAUUCCUUUGGGUUUGAUAAUGUCAGUCUCAUUGACCAGACAAGCAAUGUGAUGGAUCAAUAUUCAAGACUUCAGGGUAUUAGAGGAUGCGUCAGAGGUUUCCUUAGUGGGGGAAUUUCACAGGUCUUUGUGAUGGCUCUGGUGAAUGCACCAGUGCAGUCACUUUAAGAAGUGCUAUUGCUGAAAUCCUGCCCUUUAAUCAUUGCUGUAGACCUGACAGCAAUUUUUCCAUAAAGAAAGAUAGGAUUUCUCACUUGAAGCCCAGUGCACACAAUUACGUUUGCUGCCAGACAUGCCUUAUGUCUCUUCUCUCCCAGCUAUGGCAGUUCUGUGAGGUGUUCUUCACUUCCAGUCUGAGCACCUUUUAGGAUGGUAUUCAAUAUUGCCUUCUCUCCAUCCAGAGGUGGCUGCACUUCAGUUGUGGAAGAGCACUUUCCUGUUUGUGUUGUUUAUGAAGCACUUCAGAAGCACUUUGGAGCCUUUGGGCUGCUAAGUGGUGGAGUGAGGAUGGCUAUGACCAAGCAGAGGCCUUGCCUCCUGCAGCAGGUCACUGUGCUAUGGGCACCCCAGACCACUUGUGCUGUACUGGUAGGAAGAACUUGAACUAUGAGUAGUGACUGGGAAAAGGGGACUUGCAUGCAAGGGGAUGCAGGCAUUGUAGGAUGAGGUUCAGUGUGGUGUUUGAAGGAGGGGACCCAUCAUUGGACCUGGCUGCAUUGGUAGGAUUGGCGCAGAAAGCUGAAGCAUGCAGGGGAGAUCCAUGGGCUUCCAUAUUGCAGUGCUUGACACCUGUUUCCCCGGCAUCCUGCUGCUUGCUUGCCUUCCUCUUGUUCCUCCAGCCUACUGACCUCUCCUCUUGCUCUCUCUCCCCUUCUCCCGGCCCUCUGGAGCAGCAGCGGCCGGUGAAGCAGUCUCUCAGCAAGUCACUGUGCCGAGAGUCCCACUGGAAAUGCCUGCUGCUGUCACUGCUGAUGUAUGGCUGCAUGGGAGCCAUGACGUGGUGCCACGUCACCAAGGUGACCCGGCUGACCUUUGACAGCGCCUACAAGGGCAAGUCCAUGAUGUACCACGACAGCCCCUGUUCCAAUGGCUAUGUCUACAUCCCCCUGGCCUUCCUGGUGAUGCUCUAUGUGGUGUACUUGGUGGAGUGCUGGCACUGCUACACCCGCAAUGAGCUGCAGUACAAAGUGGAUGUGGAAAGCGUGCACGAGCGAGUGCAGCGGAUGCAGCAGGCGACCCCGUGCAUCUGGUGGAAGGCCAUCAGCUACCACUACGUCCGGAGGACCCGGCAGGUGACCCGCUAUCGUAAUGGGGAUGCCUACACCACCACCCAAGUGUAUCAUGAGCGGGUCAACACCCACGUGGCAGAGGCUGAGUUUGAUUAUUCCAACUGUGGAGUUAAGGACAUCUCCAAGGAUCUCAUUGACUUGGAGAGCUACCCGGCCACGCGGCUCCGCUUCACCAAGUGUUUCAGCUUUGCCAACGUGGAGUCGGAGAACUCCUACCUGACCCAGCGGGCCCGCUUCUUCACAGAGAACGAGGGCUUGGAUGACUACAUGGAGGCCAGGGAGGGGAUGCACCUCAAAAACGUGGACUUCAAGGAAUACAUGGUGGCCUUUUCUGAUCCAGACAACCUGCCUUGGUACGUAUCCCACUAUGUUUUCUGGGUGGCUGCUCUGCUGACCCUAUCCUGGCCCCUGCGGGUGCUAAAUGAGUACCGCACUUCCUACGUCCAUUACCAUGUGGAGAAACUCUUUGGGUUUGACUACGUGGCGGUGACACCGGCUGAGGAGCGCUCCUUCUGCCGGAGGAUGCCCCGCGUCAACACGGUGGACAGCACUGAGCUGGAGUGGCACAUCCGAUCCAACCAGCAGCUGGUUCCCAGCUACUCGGAAGCCGUCCUGAUGGACUUGGUGGGGCUGUCUGGCUGCACCAGCUACUCCGCAUGCCGCUACGGGGGCUACAGGCAGAACUGUGAGCGGUGCCACAGGACUAUAAGCAGCUCUUCCAUCUUCUCCCGCAGCGCCCUGAGCAUCUGCAACGGUAGCCCCCGCAUCCCCUUCAGCAGCAGCCGCUUCUCGCUGGGCCGCCUGUAUGGCUCGCGGCGCAGCUGCCUCUGGCAGAGCCGGAGCGGGAGCCUGAAUGAGCAGAGCUGCCCCACGGAGCAGACCCGCCUCUCCAGCCAAGUGACGGUGGAGGAGGAAGACCCCCCUCCUUAUCAGGACGCCCUCUAUUUCCCCAUUCUCAUUGUGCACCGCAAUGAAGGCUGCCUGAACCAUGACCACCGUCACCUCCACCGCAAUGGGUCCUGCGUGGAGACCUCACUGUGAAGGCGGAGGGCAGUGGGAUCUCAUUACCGAUGGCCUGGCCCGAGCCAGUGCGGGGUUUGGGAAAGGAGCACUGGGGAGGAAGGUGGCCCAGGAGGACGAGGUGGGACGGAGCAGUGGCUCUGACCUCCUGGAGGGGUGAGUGAUGGCGCUCCCCUGACCUGGCACAGAACACUAGAUCGACCGCCACAUGCAAAAAAAAAAAAAAUCAUCCUAAAACCGUAAUUCACAGUGUCAAGAUCCAGAGCGGGGAAGGAAAAAACAGGCCUGGCGCAGGUAGGGGGCUGCUGCAGUGGGUGCUCCAUCCCCAGGCUGGCGUAUGCUCGGAGGAAGCAGCAACCAGCAGAAAGACCCUGCUGCAUCUCGCCGCCCUCCUCCACUGCAGCCAGACCCUGGUAGGGUGGGGCAGCAGUGUUGUGCACCCAUGUCUGAAGGCCCAGGGCACCCGGGCACUGGUGCUGACCAGCAGCUUAGAGAGAAGGCUGAGCACCACAAAUCCAGCUUCCCCCUGCUGGCUGUACCCCACCCUUCCUGUUUGUUUUUUAGACUGUGCUCCAGCUGUUACAUGCUCUCACUUCAUCACCUCUGAAGGACCUGAGGUGCAGCUCCUUAGGAAGCCUUGGCACUCUGAGGGUCAGCCUCCGCUGGGUAAAGGACUGCAUGUUUGGGAUGGCCAUGGACAGGCAGCCCUGAGUGCAGCAACACUGAUCUGCUGAAUGGAGGAGGGCUCAGCUGGAAGGAGAGCGAGAGAUCCCUGGUGAGCUGGGGAAGGGGAAGGGAUGGCACUGGGACAGCAGCGCGUGGAUGUCAAGCUGGUGUGUUGAUUGGUGGAGGUCCCUUCCUCCCCUAAUAGCUUCAGACAGGCAUCAAGGAAGGCCCUGGUCGGUUCAGCUGCAGUUCAGCUAUUGAUAGUAGUCCAGCAGGGUGGUGCAUGUCUGCAAGAGGGAAUUUUGCAUAAAAUCAGGCUGGUUUCUGGCUGCAUACCAAGCUGCAGGCUUCUGGCAGUGUGGUUUUGGCAGGGAGCUCUUAGGGGCAGGGUGGGAGAAAUGCAAAAACACUGGAGCAUUGGGAACACCGGGCUGGGGACAUGGGGAGCAAAGACAGCACUGCUCCUCAGCCUCACCACGCUUCCCUCACCCAUCGGGGCAGGAGAUGGCCGAGAGCAACAUGUCAUGGGUCGCAAGAGCAAGUCCAUUAGCACCUGGUCAUUCAGACAUUCACACUGUCAGAAGUGCAAGAUGUAGUAGUAAACCAGCAAGGCAUUGUAUUCAGUUCUGCUACUCUUUGUCCUGCCAACCAAUUAACAAAGAGUAUGUUUUUUCAGUCAUGCUUUGCCUGCAGGUCUUGGGGUCUUGGGUGCAGAAGCCUUGUUCCACCAGGUCAGCCCACGUUAGAGAAUCAUCUCCAGUGAAUUAGGUUUGAAACUGGACCUAUUGCAGGAUCCUUCUCUAACAAGCAUCACAUCUCUGUAGGAUACACAGACAAGCCUUGAGAGGUCACAUCUCCAGGAUCUGUAAGGAUUUGCACCCAGAGCGGUUCCUUCUGCUGUUUGUGCCUGUGUGCCCUGGACAGUAUCUCUUGCCCUUCAAGUCAUUUUGUCCUCCUGGAUCUCAAGGGAUAGACUCCAAACAACAGUGGUUUGAACAGAAAAUCCCUUAAAAUCUUACUCUGUUAUGCUUCUGUCUUGUAACCUACCCUUACUUUCGCUACCAGGCAUAGAUAUGUGAAAUAAGAGGGCCUCUGUGAGAAUGUGGAAGCACAAGAUCUCUGGUGUGGGCAUAUCCUCCUCUGCUUUUUGUUCCUGGUAUUGUUGGCACACAUUCAGACUAGGUGGAAGUGGAUACAGCCCCACUGGCUGCCCUGGGAUUUCCAUGCUCAGUGAUCACCCUUGGCUUGCUGGGUGCUUGUGCUUCUCUCUCCAAGGGCAUAAUGCAAGCGCAGGCCAGUGCUGAGAGUCCUCACAGUGUGUGUGGGCUUUUAUGUCCUGGUGAAUCAGGAGACAUUCAGUCAGUGGAGCUGCACUGGGUCACUAGUGAGGAAUUUGUGUCCGUUCCAACAUAGUCUCUUUGAAAUCUCCUACACAUUGCUUAAAUCAGGCUGCAGUACCUCUAGCCUCCAAGGUGCCUUGGACAGAUGGAUUCAGAAAAGGUUUGGCAAGCAUUCUAGUUCCCUAGGGCACAUAAAGUCCUCCUAAGAGGGACCGUGCCCUGUCCUUUAGAGUUCUGCUGGUCCCUGGCUCUCUUUGGGCUUCUUCAUGUGGUUCCUCCAGGAGCAGACUGCCCCACACUCCGGAAGGCUUUGCUGUUCUCAAUAUGCCAUUGACCCCUUGCAGCUUUCCAUGGGCCAGGAGUCAGACUCAGUGUUGCACUUGCAAGCAGUUUUCCUCCCACACCAGCACAGGGGAGGUGGGAGUGCUGCCAGCGUCUUGUCCUGGCACUUCACAUUGCUGACAUGUUCCAAGAAGAGUGCUUUUCUACCCUGUCACAUGGCUGGAAAAUGUAUUUGCACUGUUUGGUGUUUCCUUUGGCUGCCAGUGUAGCUGCCAGCAGCUCUGCAGCUUUCAUGAACUAAAGAAAGAGAGAACGAGCGUGCGAGGGGCUCUGGGUUAGCUGAGCCCUAGGGCACGUCACCACCCAUUUAUCUGUCUUUCAGCACACACUAGAAGUUUCCCAGACAGCACCCAGCGCUUCGCUGAUGGAGGACCAGGCAGUGAAACCAACCAGCCUGGGGUUACUUCUUGAGCCCACCGAACGUCACACAAACCACAGCAAGGAGGGAUAUUUCAGAGAGAGUUGUUCAUAAGGACAGGGAGAAGGAGUCCCAGCUUUUGGCCAACCCCAGACCUUCCAGAAUCACACUCCAGGCAAAUACUCAGGGUUAGUGCUGGGGAAGCAGCUGUUUGACUCCAAGCAAGCACAACCCUCUCCCUUUCCUCUUCCCCAAAAAGGGACGUUAGAGACCCAGCACACCCCUGCCCUCUUUGUUGUCUUUCUCCAUUCAUGCUUGAGAGGCUCCAAUGCUGUUUGUGAAUGCCUACAUGGAAGGGACUGCAGGAUGAGGUUUAUUAAGAAGAAACUCAAGAAAGUUAGGUAGCAUGUGAUGGCAGUAAAUCAUUGCCUGCUGAUAUUAGCUUGUGAAAAGAAUACCUUCUAAGCUCUCCUUCCAGCCUUUCCAAUUAUGGCUUCGGUACUGCUGUCUAAUUUCACCAGGAUGUUGCCCUACUUCCAGCAGGGCAGAACCUUGCUGCAAUGUGCUUCUACUCUGCUGCAGCACCUGUAGGGUACAUUUCUAAGACAUGGCAAUACCACUAAGAAGACAUGCUGCCAAAGAACUGUAAUUCUCAACUUGUGGUAUGGGCUUCUAAUCACGUUUCAUGUAUAUUCAGUGGUUACAAUAAGGUCUGUGUGAAUAUGAAGAUGGAUCUGUAUGAGAACGGUCUGGAUCCGUAUUGUCACAGAAAUGUGUCAUGGUUUAGGUGUUAGCUCUGUUUGGUAACACUGCCUCCUGCGUUGCAUGUGGGCCUAUCAUUUCCAUUGAGCCAGGUGUACCUGGGGACUGAAGGCUGUAUCAUAGGGCCUGGGAGUCCACUAGAUAUUUAGGGCUGAGCCCACCCGGGGUUCUUGUUUCCAUUGGCAUUCUGGAAAAAUGAGAAAGGUGUUUAGUCACAUUUCAGACAGAUAUAAAUGGGCUGUGUUCACUCCUGGUGUAACUUUCUGGAAGCUCGUGGUGCUAUGCCAGUGUGAGCAUGGCUAAGCAACUCUUCAGAAUGAUCUGUCCUUGAAUCCAGACAAAUUGAUCUGUUGCAGUGUUGCUUUGAUGCAUAGAGCUCAUGUUGGGACUUGGCCAACAUGAAUGAAUGUUGAAUUUCUACUGUCUUUUCAAGCAAUGGGUUGAAUUGUUAUGCUUUGCUGCCUCCAUCACAGCUGUUCCAUGAAGGGAAACGUUAUGCUCAUAGUUGUGAUCUUGUUUACUCCCUCAAAAGCCAGCUAAUGAGCAAAUUGACCUGCGCUGCGCUGGGAGAGGAGCCUUCUCCCAGAGGACUGCAGCCUUUCUACAUGCAAGGGGAAACGAGGUUCCAAGGACAGAACUGAACCUGCAAGACCCAUGGCCUCAUGGCCUCCCCUUCUUCCAUCCCUCCUCGCACCAUCUGUCUCACUUUGGGAAGGACAGUUUCCUUGUGGAGUUCAGCAAGCUCCUCUUCCUGCAGCCCACAACCAGGCUCUACUAUCAGAUAACAUCAGCCACCUAUGCAACACUUCCAGGAACUGCUGAGUUUUGAGAAGCCCGUGACAAUACGCAGCAUGUCUGUCCAGCACUGAGAAUAAGCACAGCUGCUGCUGGAAAGCUAACUGGCUUUUAUUCCUCCCCUCCUUCCAGUGGAGACUGUUUUUGCUGGGGCCUUUUGUUUGGUUGCUUUUUGUAAACCUCAGACUUCCAGGGAAGUGAAGCUUGUGAGAAAUCGGUGCCCAUCCUGAAGCCUCCCUAAUCCUUCGAACUUUGGGAGUGGAUGUAUCGCCUGCUGUGGUUAUAAUUUAGUGGACUUCAUAGAGCAAAGUAACUUCACACAGACACGAGGUUCUUUCACUCUCCAUCAAUGCAAGCUGCUUCUGCAAUCUUAGCUACAUUAGUGAAAGAGAAAAGCCUAGCUAGAAUGUGUUGAGAUUGACUUAGUAUUUUGUAUCAGUCCCACUGUCCAAAUGUCCAUUAGCAGUGCUGUCAGUCGACAUGCCAUGACUUCAGACUUUGGGUGGCAGCCUGUGAAACUGUCAGGGUGAAAAGGUUUGGAAGACCCACACCCGAGUCUGUGCACAUCUCCAGAGCAUGUGCAGAGAGGAAGUCAGCUGAAAGCAGACCUCCCUCUGGUUCAGCACAGGGAGAAGUGGUUGGGUGUUGUUUGGAUGCACCUCCAAGGGUAAGUCUGGAUGUGUUGGUGGCUUUGGUCUGGUACGUCCCCUUUGUUCCUGUAGUGAGUGGGCUGCAGCAUGGCAGGGCAUUGCUCAGUGAUGUGUGAGAGGAAACUCCUGACCUGGUUUUUGCAGGAAGAUGGUGCAAAGUGUCACAUUUGCUGCAGUGACUGGCAGAGAGCAGGGAUAAAAGCAUGGAACAGGCUGUGUUUGAGGUGAAGCUAAUCCCUCGCUGGCUGGCUGAGAGGCGAGACCUGUUGGAUCUGCUCCCUGGCCAGUGCUCUCCAGCUCUUCUCACCCUCCUAAAUCCAGUGUGAAAUGACAUACCUCCAAGCUCCCAAACUGCCCCUCUCCCCUCAGCUCCUCCUGGGCCCCGAGCUCACCCCAUUCCAGUCCUCUCCUGGGAAAUGCUGGCGGACUUGUAGUGACUCAAGCGUAUUGAUGGAGCAACCCGCCAGUCUGGCUGCACUGCCUCCGAGCACUGCUUGCUGAGCACCACCUGCAUGCCCUGUGUUUGCAUACAUCACUUUCCUGGGGAAUUGCACAGCGCUUCUCUGAGCGUCCAUAGAAGGGCACUUCAGAGCUUUGUGGGGAUAAGUUUAAGAGACCGAAGUCAGAAUAUGGAAGUCCUUGGUAUUUUUGUGUUGCUGCCUGAGGAGAGGAGAGGCAAGGAGGCUGCUGGGGCUGUGUGGGACGAGGGGACCCACGGAGGCUGGCUGAGAGGAUCUGUCAGAGGCUUUGCAAAUGAGGGGAUUUCUGUGGGAGACAUGAGGCAAGGCAGGGCAGGAGGCUGCUAUACUGCAGCAGCUGUGUUUUGGGUCAAGGAUGGAGAAGACCUGGGGCAAAGUGGACUUUCAGGGCAGGCCCUUCCUGCCUGAAGACACGUUGCAAGCAGGAGGCUUUUCCCAGCUGAGGUGGCCAGGCCGGGCCUUGCUGUGUCGUCAGAGCAACACUGCUGGGCCUCCAGGCCCAGCACUGAGAGCCGGAGCACGUGUCACCAAACCGCAAUGGAUAAUGCAGCCACAAGGUGUAAAUGUCACUAAUGAAUAAAUUGCCUUGUGUCUGGGAGAGGCUAAUCCAUCACGGCCAGGGAUGGGGAUCUGACAGGGCUGGCUAUUUCGGGCGCAGCCUGCAGGGAGGAAGCGCUUCACGUCUCAGCUGUCCCCUCUGCCCAGGGAGGCUGAUGUGGGGCCUGGCUCUGUGCUGCUUCUGCCUGCCCAGACACAUCAGCUCAGGCCUCAGCCCUCUCCACUGCCACCAGAGGAGGGAUUGGGCUGGGUCCCCUCUGUCAGGAGACACAGCCGUCUCUACUACACCAUCCCAUGGGCCACACACAACCCUCUUCUCCCUCCCCUGUGGCUAAAUACCACUCAGCAACACUGUGGCUGGCUGUGCUUAUGGCCAGCAGGUAGCCGGCAGGCAGGGAUGGAGUUCAACACGGACAAAUUCAGCCUUGCUGAAGCAAAGGGGUGCUGAGUGCAGUACCAAUCCCCAUGCAUCCUCCUGCACCUCCACCCCCAGCUGGUGCCUGAAAGCAGCCUGCCGUCCUGUUGGCGACAUAUGCCAGCAUGACACCUUGCAAACCGGUGCCUCUGUUGCUGCGAGCGGAAGCCAAGAGGCUCAGGAAGCCGCCACCAGUUCCUUGCCAUGCCUGCACGAAGCACGGCUCACCAUCUGCCGUAACUGCCAGCCAGCCCCCGGCACAUGCAUCAUUCCCCUGCCUCCUCCUCCCAUCCCCCCCAUCAGUCUGGCGCAGAACCACGCAUGCCCCAUGGGCAGGAGGAUGCUCCCAGCCUGCAUGGGUGCCUGCAGCUGGUGCUGCUCACAUCUGUAACCCAGCCUGAAGGUGAUAAGUGACCCACAGGUGAUGGCAGCAUCACACUUGGAGAAACUGCUAGUGCUAUCAGCUGUUGGGGCUUUAAUUUUUACCAGUUCAUCCACAGUUUGAAGCCUCCACACUGGCUGUAGCUGGCUGCUGGUCUCGUGUGGUGUCCAAGGGGUUCACAGGAGGCACGCAGCCCAGGAGCGUGCCUGGAUGGUGGUUAGACGGUGCUGGUAGUCUUGGCUGCGUGCAGCAAAGGGAGCCAAGAGCA